AUGUCGGAAGAUGAUGUAGACAUGCUGGCCGCCGAUGGCCAGGGCCCCGGUAAGGUCGACCGCGAUCGCCGCGCGCCCCGGUUCAGCUGGACUCCGGCGUACGAGGCGACCUUUUUCCGCAGUCUCUGCGAGAGCGUCCAGCUGGGCAUGCGCGAGAACAGCAGCUUCAAGGCCGAGGCGUGGGAGCGCGCCGCCCUGGCCCUCCAGGAAAGCCACAGCGCCUUCCCGACCAAGAACCACCUCAUCAACAAGAGCGAUAAUGCGCGGAAGCGUUUCAGGCUGUGGCGGGGCUUGCGGGAGGAUCCCGACUUUGUGUACAAUCCCAAAGCCAGGACCGUGACGGCGACGGAGGAGGCAUGGCGGGCACACAUAGAGCGAGAGCCGUUAUCGCGAGCACUGAGAGGACGGCCCUUUGAUCACGAAGACUACAUGGAGACGUUGUACCCCGAUGUUAUUGGCUCCGGAGGUGCGCCAAAGAGGAUAAUGAAGCCAAAGCGCCGAGACGGACAGCCGGGUGACGAUUCUGAGCUGCUUGGCCCGAACGCCUCCAUGCUAUCGACUGAUCAGGCCAUGACGAGCCAGCCGUCAGGCUUGGAGAGCCCCAGCACGCAGUCUGCGCUCAACACAAGCUCUAGCCAGCCGGGCAACACAACACCGUCUUCCGCCCCCACCUCGACGACUACACAAGGCAUCGCCCUGACGCCCCCGGAGGACACGACGGUAUUGACCAAGAAGCGCAGCCUCGCCACCGCAGACCUGGAAGGCUCCCUGUCGGCCGAAAACACGCCGUCGCGGCUCGAUCCCGCGCAGGCCGCCGCCUCCUUUGAAAAGCGCAUCCGUUUCUCCGCCGCCGAAGACGAAGGGCUCCCCCUUGCCAUCGAGACCCUUGCAGACAUGUCCACGCCGCGGACGACACGGGGCGGGGGCCGGGCCGCCGCGCAGGACACCGACAGCGGCAGCGUGCGCGGCGUGCAGGACGUGACAUGCACGAGAGCGCGGGGCGGCAGCACCGGCCAGUGGCGUGAGAAGGCUGUCGAUCUGUUCUACAGGGAUUUCGCGGCGGAAGAGCUAGACCUGCAGCAACGAGCACACGGCCAUGGUCUUUUGCAAAAUGCCGUGCCAGGCGCUAAGCUUAGACGGAGGGAAUGUGGUUCGACGCAUAAAUGGGGUGGUCCCAGAACAGGGGGCAUGGGGCGAUCGUUACGUCAUGACCUGCAAGCUUUCCCGCCAGCUUCUGCCCACCCGCGUCCUCGAGCUCUAGCCCCGACGUUGCACAGCCUUCUUAAAACAUCGCGAUCUGCCCUCAUAACAAUCAACAUGUCAUACGCCAGCGCCGCCGCCAAGGGCCCCAAGCAGACCCCCGCCGAGGCUGCCGCCCCUCCUGUGCCCGAAAUCAUCCCCAACGAGUCGGCCUCGACGUCGUCCCUCAUCGACGUCGACAUGCCCAGCGUGCACACGGUGCCGUCCGACUUCUUGGAGCAGGACGUCCAGACGGAGACGCAAGCGAGCCGCCUCGACCGCGAGGCCCAGGCCGCCAAGGCCAAGGCCGAGCGCGCGCGCAAGGAGACCCUAGCCAAGGCAAAGAAGGCCGACUCGUGGCUCACCCAGCAGAUCUCGCAGCUUUCGGACGGCACCGCCUCGCGCAUCGCGCUCGGUAACCUCGCCACCUUUGUCGGCAUCAGCUCCUACCUUGGCUACAAGGCCUGGGGCCUGUACGAAAAGGGCCGCCUCGACGGCAAGGCGAUCGGCCUCGGUGUCGGUAUCCUGGCCGGCCUAGGCGCCGCGCACACUGUGGUCGGGAGCUAUCUCUACCGCGGAAAGAAGAACUAG